GAGCGGCCGGGGCCAUGCCGGGCCAGAAGUGCUUCCGCCGGCGCAGGGACGACGAGGAGGAGGAGGAGGAGGACGAGCAGGUCGCGGAGGAGGUCAGGUUAAAAGUUGAGGAAGCCAAAGAAGUUCAAAGCCUCAGAAAGAGACCCAAUGGGGUGAGUGCUGUAGCUCUGCUGGUGGGAGAGAAGCUGCAAGAGGAAGCAACACUUGUGGAUGACCCCUUCAAGAUAAAGUCUGGGGGAAUGGUGGACAUGAAGAAGCUGAAAGAAAGGGGCAAGGACAGGAUCAGCGAGGAGGAGGAUCUGAACCUGGGCACUUCCUUCUCAGCUGAGACCAACAGGAGGGAUGAGGAUGCUGACAUGAUGAAGUACAUUGAGACUGAGCUGAAGAAGAGGAAGGGGAUUGUGGAGAAUGAGGAGCAGAAGGUGAAGCUGAAGAACGCUGAGGACUCCCUGUACGAGCUGCCCGAGAACAUCCGCGUGUCCUCGGCCAAGAAGACUGAGGAGAUGCUCUCCAACCAGAUGCUGAGUGGCAUUCCUGAAGUGGACCUGGGAAUUGAUGCAAAAAUCAAGAACAUCAUCUCCACAGAGGAGGCCAAGGCCAAGCUGCUGGCAGAGCAGCAGAACAAGAAGAAGGACAGUGAGACCUCCUUUGUGCCCACCAACAUGGCUGUCAACUAUGUGCAGCACAACAGAUUCUACCACGAGGAGCUCAACGCCCCGGUGCGCAGGAGCAAGGAGGAGCCCAAGCCGCGGCCGCUGCGCGUGGGGGACACCGAGAGGCCGGAGCCUGAGCGGUCUCCCCCGAGCCGCAAGCGCCCCCUGAACGAGAAGGCCACAGACGACUACCACUACGAGAAGUUCAAGAAGAUGAACAGGCGCUACUGAGGCCCUGGGCUGGCCCCUG